UGAUAACCCACAGGAUGAAUAUCCUUUAUAUGAUAUCUUCGAUACAAAUAUUCCUGUAUUAUUUAUUUCUUGCCCUGUUCCCGUGAGAUCUCCUUUCUUUUCAGAUAUCAUGGCAUUCUGCAGAAAUCAUAUGUCUUCCAACUUUUCAUCACCAACGAAUAACUAUUCUUACCUUUUAGUUGGAGACCAUAAAGUAUCUGUACUGAAUGAUUCCUGUGCUGUCAACAUGGCUGCUUGGGUCACAGAGGACUUUGGUGGAAGAAAAGCUUAUACUUCUCUUGCGGGUCUUUAUGAUGCUCUUGCCUAUGGAUUUUUGCUUGAUUGGGAGGGCAUCUAUUGCCAACAGUGCAGCAGUGGUUUUUGUGAUCGUGACGUGAAUGAUUCUAUCCGUUGCUCACCUAAAUAUUUGCAGUGCGAGCUCCUUCACCCAAGUACAUUCAGGCCCACGUUCGAAUGUCUUAAGGAGAUAUGGUACCAGAAAGUUGAGUUUUUAAAUCAAAACACCGCAAUUAGCAGAGAAUUAGGAAUUCUCAUUGGAAUGUGUCUGGCAGGGAGAUUUUUAUUGGGUGUCCCAUUCCUGUUUGCAUUAAUAAUCUACAAAAUAAGAAGGUCGCACUUGUCUAUGUAUGAAAACAUUGAAGACUUCUUACAGAGUCCAAACAAUCUCAUGCCAGUUAGGUACGCAUAUUCAGACAUAAGAAAGAUGACCAAUAAUUUCAAUGACAAAUUGGGUGAAGGAGGCUAUGGGACUGUUUUCAAAGGAAAGCUUCGAAGUGGUCCACUGGUAGCGGUAAAAAUGCUGGGCAAAUCCAAGGCCAACGGGCAGGAGUUUAUCAGUGAGGUCGCUCACCAUGCUAAUGUGGUAAGGCUGAUUGGCUUCUGCUUUGAAGGCUCCAAAAGGGCUCUUGUCUAUGAAUUCAUGCCUAACGGGUCUCUUGAGAAAUAUAUCUUCCGAAAAGAAACAGAGACAACAUCCUUGAGUUGUGAAAAGCUGUUCGACAUUGCUCUUGGGAUUGCCAAAGGAAUUGAUUAUUUACAUCGCGGCUGUGAGAUGCAAAUUUUGCAUUUUGAUAUCAAGCCUCACAACAUUCUUCUAGAUGAGCAUUUUGCUCCUAAACUUUCUGACUUUGGACUUGCAAAAUUGUAUCCAACAGAGAAUAGUAUUGUGUCCCUGACAGCUGCAAGAGGUACGUUGGGAUACAUGGCCCCAGAGUUGUACUACAAAAAUAUUGGAGGAGUCUCGUACAAAGCAGACGUAUACAGCUUUGGAAUGCUGCUGCUGGAAAUGGCUGGGAAAAGGAAAAAUCUGAACCCUUUAGUGGACCAGAGGAGCCAGAUAUACUUCCCUUCAUGGGUUUAUGAUCAGCUGAGCAAAGGAAACAGUAUUGAGAUGGGAGAUGCCUCAGAAGAUGAAAGAAAGAUGUUGAAGAAGAUGAUCCUGGUAGCAUUGUGGUGCAUACAGAUGAAGCCAAUCAAUCGUCCUUCUAUGAACAAAGUCAUAGAAAUGCUUGAAGGAGAUGGUGAACUCUUAGAAAUGCCUCCUAAGCCCUUCCAAAAUCCAGACGAAAUGCCUGCACCUGAGGCUGAGGAUGGUGGAAAUGAUGCAGAAGAGACGACUGAUUUCCCACAGCUACAACUAGAUCGUGUAGAUUCAAGUGAUAUGAGUAUGGAUCAAGAUUAAAGUAAAUCCAAGUGUCAUAGAAGUCUUUCUCUUGGACAAGACAAUUAUCAUUUCUUCCUGAAUUAGUUGUAAUAGUAUUC